GUGGAACUAAGAAAUUUACAAAAGGAUACAUGGUACCAUUAGAUGGAAUUAAUGAAUCUCAAAUCCAAAAGUCGAUUAAAAAAAUUAGCACUUUAAAAGAAAUGUAUCCAAACCUAAUCAAAUACGAAAGAAUAAAAUAUCAAAUUGAUGAAGAUGUUAAUGAUCGAUUAAAAGAAAAAACCGAAACCGACGUGAUUAGAUUGAUUAAGAUUAAAUCUUACCAUGAAGAAGAGAAUAGGAUAAGGAAGUGUAGUAAAUGUGGACGUCGAUCGAUUGAGAAUUUAAGGUUUUUUAAAAAAUCAUUGAUAGAUGAUCAAGAAGAUGAAGAUCCAGAUCAAAAACAAAGGUUAAGUCGGUUUAAUCGACUUGAUAGGGUUUAUAAAACAUUUGAUCAACGAUUGGUUUGUGAUUUUGGACUUGAUUUUCUUUUGAGUUUGAUUGAGUUUCAUAAAGUUUGUAUUUGUGAUGGGUUUUGGAUUACUGAUUUUUGAAAAUCAAAUAAAGAAAAUGAUAUAAUUAGAUUUGAUUUGAUAGAUUUGAUUUUGGAAACCACUUAAAUUAAGUUGAUUUUUUUUGUAA